AAGACACAAUGUAGAAACGUGAACAGGUAGACGGGUGAACAGGUAGACGGGUGAACAGGUAGACUGGUGAACAGGUAGACGGGUGAACAGGUUUGAUCAUCAUGUCCAUCAGUGUCCAUCUGAAGAAGAUCUCCAACCUGCCGGGACGAUACGACAGAAAGAUUGAACUCUGCUUCAGAGGUUUCAUCCAUAAAACCAAAGCCCUGCAGUGUGAGAACGUGGCCAUCUUCAACGAGAAUUUCCGGUGGCCUCACUUUGGUAAAGUCAUCAAAGAUGAAGUUUUGUCCGUCAGCGUUUACAACAGCAGUAAAGUCUUCUCCAACAGACUGCUCGGUAAGCUGGUCGUCAGCCUCCAGCAUGUUGUUACAGCGGGGAGGCUGGUGCUACGGGAACCUCUCACAGAUGCCAACUACAGCCUGACUGAUAUUUAUAUCGAGUUGGACAUUCGAUACCAUCCAGUCGAGGGAGCAGCAGGAAGCUGGGAGGGACGCGACUUCCUUAAAGUCGAACACGAGGACGAGGACGAAUCAGCUCUGGUCUACAAGAAUGAAGCAUUUAAAGACCCUGAAAGUCAGCCGACUGCCGGUCGCUCAGGUCAGCUGGAGAAAGAGGUUCGGCUUUUCGGGCGGAGCCUGGUCCGGACUGGGGAUGAAGACGACGACGACGACGACGACGACGAAGAUGACAUCAUGGACUACGAGGCGUCCGACAUCAUCUUCACUCCUCUGCUGAGUCGUCAGAGGCCGUUGUGCAGAAGCGUUGCCGCGGCGAUGCCCAGAGUCCAAAGCUUCCAGUUGAACGUGAACAUCCUGGAGGCCCAGAGGCUGGUUGGAGUGAACAUCAACCCUGCAGUUUUCAUCAGAGUGGGGCUUCAGAAAAAACACACCGCCACGCAGAAAUCCACCAACUGCCCUUUCUACAACGAGAACUUCCAGUUUGAGUUUCAGGAGGCUCCACAGAUCUUCUUUGAUAAAGUCAUCGAGAUACAGGUGUUCCACCGGCGGCUUCUGGCCUUCAUGAUGACCCACAUCGGAACCUUUAAGAUUGACAUCUCCACCGUGUACAACCAGCCAGACCACCGAUUCUACCAGAAGUGGGCUCCUCUCACCGACCCGGCGGACACCAGGUCGGGGAACAAGGGUUACGUCAAGGCCAGCCUUUCUGUGCUCGUGAAAGGAGACUCUCUGAGUCACAGUCUGCCAUCGCGCUCCUUGUCUGGAGCCAGCGAGGACAUCGAAAAGAACCUGCUGCUUCCUCGCGGGAUGGCUUCCGAGCGUCCGUGGGCUCGAUUCCGGGUCCGGAUCUACCAGGCCGAGGGUCUGCCCACCAUGGAGGCGGGGCUGAUGGCCAAGAUGUCAAAGGCCACUGACCGGACGAUCUUCAUCGACCCCUACGUACACGUGACCUUUGCUGGACAGCAGGGGGAGACGUCGGUCGCCAGCGCCACCAACUGUCCAAUCUGGAACGAGGAAAUCGCCUUCAUCGAGCAGUUCCCUCCUCUGGCUCAGCGAAUCAGAGUCCAGGUCCGCGACGAUGCCAAGAUGGGAGACAUCGCCCUGGCAACGCACUUCCUGGACCUGCAGCAGAUCUCCGACCCCACCAGGAACGGGUUCAACCCCACCUUUGGACCAGGUUGGGUAAAUCUGUACGGUUCUCCUAAGAACUCGACCCUCGGAGACGUUCACCAGGCCAUGAACCAGGGUCUGGGCGAAGGAAUCUUCUUCCGCGGUCGGAUCCUCCUCGCUCUCUGCGUGGAGGUUUACUCCUCGCCCGUUGACGCCACCCCAGAAACGAGCUCUGCCGCCUCAGGAAGGAUGAAGGGAGCGCUGGGGAAGCUGAACCUGAAGAAGAAGAGGAGCAGCAAGAAGGGGAAGAGCAAGGAAGCAUCUACCAGCGCAUUGGUCGACGACUCUGGGGAGACGGUUGAGGUACCAGAGGCUGUUACCGUGGAGAUUCAGGAGCUCCACCCCCUCCCUGAGGGUUUCGUUGGACAACAGGAGGACUUUGUGUUGUUCGCGUCUCUGUUUGAAGUCACUAUGAUGGACCCGUCUGUAGGAACCAAACCGUUGACCUUUGAACUCUCCAUAGGGAAUUAUGGGAAGGCCGUUGGGGUUGAGAGCGCCAAGACGAUCCAGAGCAAGGAGGAGCUAAGGAAGAGCAGGGAGGAGAUGAGGAUGAGCUGGGAGGAUCUGAGGAUGAACGUGGAGGAGCUGAGGAGGAGCAGGGAGGAGCUAAACGAGGAGGUGCAGAGUCUGCUGGAGACCGAGGAGGAGCUGGACAGACAGGAGGUGCUGGGUCCCGAACCCGAGUCCAGAUCUGUGUCUGCUCCCAUCAGACCCCAGCCCACCGAGUACGACAAGUCGUUCCAGUGUCUUCUCCUCCAGCCUCCCUCCGACAGACAGAAGCCGUGUCUGUUUGUCUGGUGUCAGUUUGAAAAUCACAACUUUCGUCUCUACCAGUCGAACUGGCUCCACAAGACGGCCGACAGGCUGGAGUUCGGUCUCGAGGAGGUGGAGCGUCUCUCGAGGAGGCCGAGGAGUAACGCGAAGGAGCGUUUGGUGGACGUGCUGCUUGAGCUGGUGGCCGCCUGCAAACAGUUUAGUGUUUUCGCGGACAGGAGGUCUGCUUCUCGUCCCAACAACCUGGACAGAUGCAGGAAGGAGUUCAUCAAGAAGAAUUUGGUGUUUCUGGCCAGGCAGGCGGUGAGGUUCAGGCGGAGGAUGACCAGGCGGAUGGUCCAACAGCGCUUGAUGGACAGCAGGAAACUUCUGAGGAAACUCCGCCUACUGGCUAAAGAGCCCCAGGCCACCAUCCCAGACGCCUUUCUGUGGUUACUGAGUGGUGGCAAGCGGUUGGCUUACGUCAGGAUCCCCGCCUACUCCAUCCUCUUUUCAUUGGUGGAGGAGCAGAAGGGGCGGGACUGUGGAAGAGUCACCACCCUCUACAUGAAGUCGCCAGGAGGUCUAGCGAGUGAGAUCUUUGCGAAGCUGGAGGUCUACCUGUGGCUCGGUCUGGCCAAGUACAGUAAAGAGGUCACCAGCUCAUUGCCGGAUGAGUUUCUGCCGGUUUAUGAGGAAGACGAGGAGGAGCAGAAGAAGCUGAUCAACGCCGGGAAGAGGACACUUCCUCUCACACUGUCCUGCCAGGACAGCAGGUACUUCCAGCUACGGUGUCACCUGUAUCAGGGGCGUGGCCUGAUGGCUGCCGAUGACAACGGCCUAUCAGAUCCUUACGCCACGAUCCUCUUCGCUACACAGUGCCAGACCACCAGGGUGGUGAGUGAGUCUCUCUCUCCAGCCUGGUGUGAGUGUUUGUUGUUUGACAGAGUUCUGCUGGAGGGGACGAGGGAGGAUCUCCAACAAGACCUGCCUCUCAUCAUCAUCAACAUCUACGACCACAACGCCAUGGGCAGUCCGAAGCUUUUGGGUCGGGCGUUUGCCGAGCCGGAGUUUAAGUUUGUGGAGAAGCACUACCAGAAGCCCCGCCUCCGUUACUAUGACAUCAGCAAGGGCAAGGCCCCCGCUGGUGAACUGCUGGCCACCUUCGAGCUCAUCGAGCUGGACUACUCUGGGUUUGGAGAGCCCUGCUUGCCCAGCAGUGUGGACCCGCAGGAGCUGACCUACCUGGAGGAGGAGAAAUGCUACAUCAUCCCAGAAGGAGUCCGACCUGUUCUGAAGACCUUCAGGAUUGAGGUGCUGUUCUGGGGUCUGCGGGAGCUGAAGCGGGUGCAGCUGUUUGAGGUGGAGCGCCCCCGUGUGAGGGUGGAGUGUGGAGGACAGCAGCUGGAGUCUGAAGAGAUCGUGAGCUACAAGACUCACUCCAACUUCAAAGAGGUGGCCGGUCAUAUCGACGUGGAGCUGCCGGAGCAAGCCUACCUCCACCCUCCUCUAACGGUGUUUGUGGUGGAGCAUCGGGCAUUCGGUCGAGUCGCUCUGGUCGGGACCCACGUGGUCCAGAGCCUCAUAGACUACGCCCCGCGCGAGCUCGGAGGGGAGCAGGAAGAGGACGACGAUGAACCAAAACCAAAAGUGAAGACGGAUAUUAAGAAGGCCAACGCUCUGAUGUCAGUAAAGAAGAUCGGACUCAGCAGCCUGGCCAUUAAACAGUCAAAGAUUCCCUUCAACGCCAUCAAGCUGGCUCCUCUGAAGAAGCUGUUGAAAAAGGGCGUGGAGCUAGAGGAGGAGGUGCCGGAGAAGGAGGAGUUGGAUUGGUGGUCCAAAUACUACGCUUCACUGGAGGAGAUGGAGAGACAGGCUGCUGAGGACGAGGAGGAGGAGGAACAAGCGGAGACCGUUGGGGUUAAUCUGACGAUGGCGAAUAUUGAAGAUGAGGACGAGGAGGAAAUCGUGGCGGCGCCGGUUAAGCCUCCGAAACGCAAGAACAUUGCCACGCUAAAGCUGUAUGGAGGCGAUCUGGAGUCCGAGUUCGGUCAGUUCCAGGACAGAAUGCAGACCUUCCCGCUGUAUAAAGGCAAAGCGAGCGUCGAGGACGAGGACGAGGACGAGGAGGAGAGGCUGAUGGGAAAAUACAAGGGCUCCUUCCUGGUUUAUCCGAUCGACCCAGGAGACGAAGAAGACACCACGUGUCAGAUCACCAAGGGGAUCCCCAGAAACUCACCGUUCAAAGUCCUGGUCCGAGUCUACAUCGUCAAGGCCACCACUCUGGCUCCCACGGACCCGAACGGUAAAAGCGACCCGUAUCUGGUGGUCCGAGCCGGACAUCAGAGUCUGGACACCGUCGAUCGAUACAUCCCCAAACAGCUCAACCCCACGUUCGGAGAGGUGUUUGAAUUCACGGUGUCCUUCCCGCUGGAGACACAGUUGGUCGUCAUGGUGAUGGACCACGAUAUUAUCGGGGCCGACGACCUCAUCGGCGAGACGCACGUCGACCUGGAGAACCGAUUCUACAGCCGCCACAGAGCCUCCUGCGGUCUGGCUCUCUACUACGACAAAGAAGGCUACAAUAUCUGGCGCGAUACGAAGAAUCCGUCGGCCAUUUUGGCCGAGCUCUGCAAGACUAACGGCAUCCCGUCUCCAGAGUACAGAAAGUCGGAGGUCAAAGUCCUCAACAGAAUCUUUAAGAUCCCACCAGACGCAGUACCUGAAGAUCUGCUAAAGAAGAUCGAGCGGUCUCCUGAGGAGGAGGAAGAGAUGGAGGAGCACGCGGCCCUGAGCGUGCUGCAUCGCUGGGGGGAGAUGAACGAGUUCCUCCCCGGAGCCAUUCCUCUGGUCCCGGAGCACGUGGAGAUCCGGUCCCUGGUGAACCAGGACAAACAAGGACUGCCACAGGGUUACCUUCAUAUGUGGGUUGACAUGUUUCCCACUGACACCCCGGCUCCGCCCCCUGUUGACAUCAAGCCCCGCCUACCCGAACAGUACGAGCUCCGAGUGAUCAUCUGGAACACCGACGACGUGUUUCUGGACGACGUCAACCCGUUCACCGGAGACCCGAGCUCGGACAUCUACAUGAAAGGCUGGAUAAAAGGACUGGAAGGAGAAAAACAGGAGACUGACGUCCACUUCAACUCUCUGACUGGAGAAGGAAACUUCAACUGGAGAUUUGUGUUCCGCUUCGACUACCUUCCUACCGAGAAAGAGGUGGUGUUUAAGAAGAAGGAGUCCUUUUUCUCUCUGGAGGAGUCCGAGUUUCGACAGCCGGCCAUUCUGACGCUGCAGGUCUGGGACUACGACCGCAUCGCUGCCAACGACUUCCUGGGCUCCAUAGAGUUACGUCUCCACGACAUGGUGCGAGGCGCCAAGUCGGCCGCUAACUGCACGAUUCAGAUGGCGAAGGAAUGGGCCAGCCCUCGGCUGUCCAUCUUUCGCGCCAAGAAGAUGAAGGGCUGGUGGCCGCUGACCCGCCUGAAGACGGCAGAGGACUUCGAGAAGGAGGAGAAGGAGAGGGAGGAGGCCAAGAAGAAGGGGAAGAAGAAGAAGAAGAAAAAGGACAAGAGGGGCAACAUGAAGCAGGAGGACAUCGAGUACAUCGACAGCGGCGGCAACACUUACCUGCUAAUGGGGAAGGUGGAGGCGGAGCUACAGCUGGUGGCAUUAGAGCAGGCGGAGGCCAACCCUGUGGGUCGGGCACGCAAGGAGCCGGAGCCUCUGGACAAGCCUAAUCGACCCUCCACCAGCUUCACCUGGUUCAUCAACCCGAUGAAGACCUUCAUCUUCCUCAUCUGGAAGAAGUUCAAGAAGUUCAUCAUCGCUCUGGUCAUCCUGGCGAUCCUCACGCUCUUCCUCGGCCUCAUCGUCUACACGCUGCCGGAGCAGAUCACCGCCCUCAUCGUCAAGGGGUGAAGGAACCUGCCGGGGAGUCUUCAUCGUCUUCAUCGCCUCCUCCCGACGUCACAGACUGUCUUAGGUUUUCUACUACGAAGCCUGAUCAGGAAAACUCUUCAUUUUAUAUUGUGACACCGCUCAUACGCAGGGUUUCAGAAAUACUGAGGUAAAAUUGAGAAUUUUAUUUUUUUUGUUAAUUGCCCUGAUCUAAAUAUGUGCAUUUUAAGAUAUUUGGAGAGCAAAUAUUUGAUAAGAAUAGUUUUAAAAAACACGAGAAUCCGGUUAAUUGUUGCAAUGAAUGAUCCUCUGCACUACAUUACCCAGCAUCCUCGUUUUUAUAAACGCAUCCUGAGUCAUGGGAGCAAAAAUCUGGGAUUUAGUUUUGAAUCCCUCACCAGAAGAAAUUACUGUUUAGUGCAGAUUUAAAUCACAUAUUUAUUAUUAUUAUUAUGUCAAUUAAACGGAUAGGAGUGGAUACGCUAGUAUACCUUUCUAAAACAUAAACAUAACUCCGUUGUAUAAAAGUCUAAUUGUGUUGAUUGAAUAUAAUUGUGGUUGCAAAUGUUAUAUUUUUAAGGUAAAUCAAAUAAAUAAGCACAUUCAUAUUUUUGUUCACUCAGAACCGAAGCUGAUAUUCUCAUUUGUACCCGUUUUGUUGAAUCUAAAUGUUAUU